AGAGACAGAGGGAAGAGGUAGAAGUUGGUGCAUUUGCAUUUUACAAUCAACUAAGGGCAAACGCAAGUUGAACGAAAAUGGAAGUGCAAAUCAUCUCCAAAGAAAACGUAAAACCAGCUUCUCCAACACCCGAACACCUUAGAUUCUUCAAGAUUUCCCUCUUUGACCAGCUUAUUAUUUUCCCUUAUGCUUCCCGCAUCUACUUCUACCCUCCUACCAAUGUUCUCGAUACCCACAACAAGGUAGAGGUGCUGCAAAAAUCUUUGUCAAAAACCUUAAGUCACUUCUAUCCGCUAGCUGGAAAGAUCAAAGAUCACCUGUCCAUAGAAUGCAACGACGAAGGGGCUUAUUUCGUUCAAGCUCGAAUCAAUUGUCGUCUCCAAGAUUUUCUUACCAAACCUGACCUCAUCUUCCUUCGUCGUUUCCUCCCCUGGGACGGCGUUGUAAGUGCGGAAUAUCCCGUUGAAGGAAUUCAUGUGUGUAAUAUUCAAGUCACCGUCUUUGAAUGUGGCGGUAUAGCUAUUGCCAUGUGUCUUUCGCACAAGUUCAUAGACAUUGUGUCAAACACGACAUUCCUCAAGGCCUGGACCGCCGCUGCUUGCGGUUUUGCAGAAGCGCCGCGCCCUAAUUUCAUUGCUUAUGCCCCUGAUUUCUUCAUCCCAGCGAGGGAUUCAUGGCUUCAAGACUUGAGGCGAAUGUGGGGUUCUUUUGCCAAGAAAGGGAAGUGUAUCACGAGGCGAUUCUUGUUCAACGCCACAGCGGUUGCAACCCUCAAGUCCCAAGCCACCGGUGAGAAAAUAGAAGUCCCUACCCCUGUAGAGGCUGUUUCCGCCUUCUUGUGGAAGUGCAGCAUGGCUGCUUCCAAGGCAAGACACGGAAUCCAAAGGCCGGCUUUAUGUGUGCACGUAGUGGAUCUCCGUGGAAGAAUACCGCUACCAGCAGCCCAGAUGGAGAAUUCCGUUGGAAAUCUCUUCUGGAUUGCAGCGGCGGACUGUUCCGAAGAUUGCUCGGAUUUGCAUGAUUUGGUGGGAAAAUUAAGGGAAGCUGCAUCGAAAAUUGAUGGCGAUUUUCUGAAGAAAAUCAGAGGUGAAGAAGGGAAUUCUUUUAAUUCUGAGUAUUUCAGGGGAAUUACGGAGCUGAAUUCCAGGGAUGGAAAUGAUUGCUUUUAUUUUGUGAAUUGGUGUAAGGAUUUGUAUGGAACUGAUUUUGGUUGGGGAAAACCAGUGUGGGUGAGCAAUGUUGGGAUGAAAGGUUCUGAUGAAGUCCGGAAUUUUUGCAUUGUGAACGAAACAAGGUCCGGCGACGGUGUAGAAGCAUGGCUAACCUUGGAUGAGCAAGUCAUGGCCAUCCUGGAACGUGAUCCCGAGCUCCCUAGCUUGGCGUCCUUGGACCUGAGUCCGUUGGCAAUGGACUAGGUAGGCAGUCCCAAGACUUUUAUUCCAUGUAUGGACUUCUUCGGCCCGCAUGUUGCGCGAGGCCUUUUGUUCAGCUUGAAUAAGUGUAGUCCUAGGCAAAGUGUAUUGCAGAUGGUCUGCAUUGUGUGUUAUUGUGUUUACCGUUCGGUUUUUGCAAUUAGGAUUGAAUAACAGUAUCCUUAAGUGGUUUGCCCAUGCAAUUAGGGAGUUUCGCUGAUUAAUAGUUAGUGUUUAGUAGUUUUGUGUAAUUUUAACUAAAAAAUGCUGAUUUUGUCUAUUUUAGAACUUGCAAGGUGAUAUCUAAUUUUGUUGAGAUUAAGUUGAGAGUGUUUAGUAAAAUUUAAAAGUACUU